AUGGUUAGCUACGAAGUCUAUCGGUCAACUAGUCUAGAGAAAUGCUCCGAUUUCGCCGACGAACAAAAAUUUAUUGGUUUUAUCUGGAACGGAGAAAACAAGACGGUCAGGUUAACAGACAAGAAGUUAGCGGAAAGAAAAGAGCAAAUAAAGCUGUUCCUCAUUCAAGACGCAGAUUUCAAGUUCAACGACGCCGAAGUACUCGCAGGCCGCCUUAACCACGUGUCCUUCAUCCUACCACAGUUGAGGUGCUACAUUCGGAGCAUAUACAGAUGGAUGAACCAGUGGAAGAAGCAAUGGGCCACUAGGAAAAUUCCAGAAGACGUGAGAGUCGAUUUAGAAUUUUGGAUAUCAACUCUGGACACUUACACGGAGACGAGGUUGUGCCCAGCCAGCAAACCACUAGAGGUACAUUGGGUCGGCGAUGCCUCAACAAGCUUCGGUAUAGGUGUCUUGAUCGGCCAGAGAUGGACCCAACUUAGGUUGAAGGAAGACUGGAGGAUCGCGACACCACCAAGGACGAUAGCCUGGUUGGAAACUGUCGCUAUCCGCAUCGGAAUCCUGAUGCUACGAGAAACGCGCAAUAACAUAAAGGGGUCCAACUUCAUCGUAUAUACAGACAACACCACCACAGAAAACGUACUAGCGUCAAGGAAGUCGAAGGAUCACCAUUCUAACGAGGAAUGGAAGAUAAUACAGCACCUGCUGAUUUCAUCCGAAUUAGACUUGACCCCUUUAAGGGUGGUCUCUAAGGAAAACGUGGCCGACGGCCUAUCAAGAGGCGUGCGACGCCCUCACGAGGCGGUGAACAGGGUCUGGAUAAACAUUCCCGACGAUCUUCAGCAUUUCAUGUUUCACGCGUAA